AUGUUGGGCCAUGUAGACGAUCAUGAGGUACGGAGCAAGGAGACAACGGUCGAGAUGUUGAGGCUGACACGUGAACAAGUGAAUAAGAUCAGGCAACAAGCGACCGGGUGCAGCCGGUACCAGUCGGUGGCGGGUCACGUGUGGAGAGUUGCGUGCAAGGCUCGUGGGCUCCACCAUGAUCAGCAGACGAAGAUGUUCAUUGCCGUUGAUGGCCGCGGACGGUUGCAUCCUCGGUUGCCUGAUGGUUACUUUGGUAACCUUGUGUUCAAAACGACACCGGCCGGGCGGUGCGGCGAUCUGGUGUUGAACCCGCUGAGUCAGUCGGCGAGUCGCGUGAAAGAAGUAGGGGAGAUGAUGAAGGACGAUUACCUAAGGUCAGCGCUUGACUUUUUAGCCAGUCACAAGGACCUGACUCCGUUUCGCGGUGCAUCCCACACGCUGGGCUGUAGCCAAGGGACGUUCUACGGCUGCCCCAACAUCACCUUCACCAGCUGGAUAGGGAUGCCGAUCUACGAUGCUGAUUUUGGGUGGGGCCCACCUAUCCACAUGGGCCCCGCGGCUUUGGGCUUCGAAGGGAAGGCUAUCCUGAUGCCAACGCGAGAAGGGGAUGGGAGCAUGCUACUCGCGAUCCGCCUGCAGGUGGCCCACAUGAAGGCUUUCAAGGACUCCACUUACCAUGGUUUAUAGAGGACUGCUAGUGCCAUUCUGAUCAUGGGUCAUUUUGCUUUAGGCAGCUUAUGUUGGUUUCUGCUUAUUCACUAGAUAAAAGAAUAUUUGGAAAACAACGUGCUUAUCAUCCUAAGAGCAUAAGAGUAAUAAAGUUUGUUUAGUUUCUCA